UUGCGGGUGUUAAAAAGUUUUUCAGCUCGAUUGAAGUAUGAGCAAUCUUGCAACAUCCUCCGGCAGUUCCAUCUCGGAAUCAGAUCGCCUGCGAAUAGAAGCAAACCGUAAACGUGCCCUUAAUCUUCGCCAAGCACGACUGACCGCUCAUCCGUACCGGAAUGAUAAACGUCCGCCGGAAACGGCCAUUGCAGUAAACAAUGUUAUAAAGGUGUCCGGCACAAAGUUUAUCGACAGCGGCGGAGGUUUUCUGAUCGAACAACGAACCUGUGUCGAUUCGAAGGAGGAGGAAUUGAGUGUGGAUGAAAAGGAAGUUGAGAAGGAUUCCGUACCUGUACCGGUAGAGUACGACGAGUGUCUCGACUGUGGCGACCGGUUUGCCGAUUCCUAUCUGCUGGCUACAUUCGAUUACAAGGUUUGCGAUGCAUGUCGGGAUGCGGAUGGGAAACACUCGCUAAUUACCCGGACGGAAGCCAAGCAGGAGUAUUUGCUCAAGGAUUGCGAUUUGGAUAAACGGGAGCCGAUUUUGAAGUUUGUUAGCCGGAAAAAUCCGCACAAUGUGCGCUGGGGCGAAAUGAAACUGUACUUGCACAUUCAAAUUGAGCAGCGUGCUUUGGAGGUGUGGGGAACGGAGGAGAAUUUGAUCAAGGAAAAGGAGCUGCGUGAAGAGAAACGGGAGGUUACCAAGGUUAAAAAGUACAACAAACGUUUGAAGGAGCUGCGGAUGGACGUUCGGAGCAGUCUUUACGAUAAAACAAUUCAGGCGCACGUGCACAGCUGGGGCGAUAGCGAGGUGUACAACGAGGAUGAUGACACCUACACGAGAACAUGUGAAACGUGCGAUCACAAGGAGACGUACGAGAAAAUGUAA